UGUUAUUGCUUUUAUUUCCUUUGACGUUUCUCGAUAAGACAAAAAGUUUUAUAGAAUUCUUUUUGUGGUGUUUCCAUCCAGGAAUUUCCAAAAUGAUACAACCUGACUACCCAUCAGCCAUGGGCUUGCUAGCCCAUUUAAACUCAGACGAGCUGAAAGAAAUGUUAAAUGACGACACCAAAUUCGAUUCAGUACUCAAAGAUGUAAAACAGGUUAAAGACUGGGAGACUGAACGGGAGAUGACAAUAGCCAAAAACAGAUCUUUGGCCGAGUUCAACCUGGGCAAGGAGCCAGAGCUAGAAGAGAUGAAAGCCCAGGUCCAGGAGAAGUCAGAGAUGGGCGAGCAGCUGUGCACACGCAUUCAGGAGCUGCUGGAGGAGUACAAAACAAAAUCAGCUGGCAUCUCUCCAGACACAACUCAAGCAUUACUCCAGACAGCGGCUGCAGAAGCUGAAGAUCAAUCAGAAAACUUAGCCCAAGACUUUCUCUCAGGGAAAAUCCCAGUUGAAAAGUUCCUUGAGGACUUUGAACCAGCUCGCAAAAACAUGCACUUACGGAAAUUCAAGGCUGAAAAGAUGGCAGAACUGCUGAGACCUGGCAAUCAGAGCUCAUUUAACAAUGGAUAUGCAAAGCCCUACCUCCCGUACUUCGGUUACGGGCCUCCACAGGGCGCCCCCAACGUGCCAUACCCCACAGGACCCCUCAACAUGCCCAUGCCUGGCAUGUAUGGCAACCACUUUUAAGUCAAUGUGUUAACUUUAUGAUCAAUUUUUAGAGAUUGCAAAUAUAUGAAUCAAAUAUUAUUUUAUAAUGACUUGUGCCAGGAGUGGUUCCACUUAGAGUAAUGUAACUAUAAUGUUAUUAACUCGGUCAGUCACAUUAUCUUAAAAUAUGAAGUGUGAAUGUCAAUAAGUUUAUGUGAUGGCUAAUGUUUGACAGGUAAACACUUUUCUAUAGGU